AUGAUUCCACGUCAAUCAAGGAAAAUAUCUUUUUAUGAGGAAUAUGUUCAAACAAUAUCAGUAGAAUUUCAUAAAUGGAUGCUAAUCAUUAACUACACGCUUGUAUUAGUGAUUUUCGUGAUUUUUUUUAGCUUUGAUUAUAAAGCGGAUGCUAUAUUAAAAGAGCAAAAUAAUCUUAAAAACAAUACAGAUCUAUAUGGAAAAUAUGGCUACGACUCAUUAGGGGCUUGCAUUGGUAUACCACUUUCAUUUCCAUAUUUAAAAGAUCAAAUUGUUGGACCUGAUCAUCAAAUAAUUUCAUGUGAUCAUAUCGAAGUUUUGGAUUCAUGGUUAAAUGAUUGGUGUACUUUCUAUAAACUUCCAAUUUUAAGUAAGAGAGUUUAUAGAAUUUUAAAAUUAUGGACCACUUACCAAUAUCAAUAUAGAAAGGGUUUAUUCUUAACUUGGUUAGAAAAACGAAAAGAAAAAUCAAUGCAACAAAAUGAUAAGAGUGUUAAGGAAGUUACAACUAAUGAUAUUAAAAUAGUUACAGUUGAAUAA